AUGAGUAAUAUUGAACCUAAAAAGAGAAUAAAGAAAACUAAACAAAAAACUUCUUUAACAUGUUACUCUGACAGACCAGUCAAAAGAGUUAACUUGGUACAAGAUACUGUUGAACAUUUUCAACAGAAUAGCUGUUCUUUAAUAGCAAAAGACUCCGAGUGGGUGGAUAUUCUUGGGAAUUCCUCAAACAGUUCAAGAACAGAUGAUAGUAACACACCGGCUGGAGAAAUCAUAGUACAAGACGAUGAAUCUUAUCUGGAGCCCCUCACCCUUAUGUUUCCGAAUCUGUUACAAGAGGAUCCAGAAACAUUGCAAGGAAUUGUGAAUAAAGCCAUUUCAACAACAGAAGUUACCAAGCAUCUAAUUGGUCAUAAAGCUAACUUUUCGUUUCUGAAAAAAGUGGAUCGUCUGAUACCACCUGAACGGCAAUGGUUGGAACAUGUAUCGGAAAGUAGCAAAUCAUACGAAUCUAUAAACUCCCUAAGUAGUAAAGACGAGUGUCCGACUUCAUGCUGUACUGGUAAUCACAAUGAUAAACUAUAA